AUACCGGUUUAGUCGUUCGAGAAACGCUGUUGUCGUAUGUUGCUCUUCGAGCUGCUGCUGGAUAGUUGCACAAAAAUUCAAUUUGAUGUGACAGUUCGGAUCGUUCACAUUUUUUUUCUUUCAAAUAUCUAAAUAUUAUCAUUUCGGUCGGCCGUGCAUAAAUAAUUAAUAAUAAUAAUCAAGGGGUCAAAUUCCUCUGAAAAAAAAAGUUUUAAACUGGCGAAAAAUUCCAGGUGACAUAAUUUUAAACCAUUUUUGUUUCCAAUUCGGUCGACCCUUUGACGUAUCUGUGAGAGUGCCUUAGGAAUACAUAUAUACACAAAAUCAUACAUGUAUAAAUACCAAUGCAAAUAAGGAUACAACCAUAUACACCUAUUUAUUUAUAUUUUUUAAAUCAUAAAUAAGUGAGAAUUAAUUUAAACCGAUCGAUUUAUUUUUUCGCGUGGGAAUUCAGGAUUACAUUUUGUGUGAGAGAAGAGGAAGAAGAAAAACCUGUGCCGUAUUUAAGAUUACACUUAAAAAAAAAAAAACCUACAAGAAGUGUUCCGUGAAAACGUUAAAAAUUUACGCAAACAAAAAAAAGAGCUACCAAAGAAUAUAAAUUCAUUAGUUUUGGUAACACUGCAAAAAUAAACAUAAUAUAUGGUAAUGGCAGAGAUUGGUGGCCAUUUGGCUCACCAGCUACCCUUGCAUAAUCAUCAAAGUGGAUUACAACCAUCGCUGGUGAUGAACCAUCACCUGGAUUUGGAUUGUCAUGGUCAUGAAGUUUUAACAAAAAAACAACGGCUAUCACUUUGUGUGGGUUGUGGGGGCCAAAUUCAUGACCAGUAUAUCCUGCGUGUCGCCCCCGAUCUAGAAUGGCAUGCAGCGUGCCUAAAGUGUCAGGAGUGUCGGCAAUUUCUCGACGAGAGUUGUACAUGUUUUGUUCGCGAUGGCAAAACUUACUGCAAACGUGAUUAUGUUAGAUUAUUUGGUACAAAAUGUGAUAAAUGUGGAAGCUCAUUUAGUAAAAAUGAUUUUGUGAUGCGAGCGAAGACGAAAAUAUUUCAUAUAGAGUGUUUUCGAUGUUCAGCGUGUGCGCGACAAUUAAUUCCUGGUGAUGAAUUUGCGUUGCGAGACGGUGGUGCUCUCUAUUGUAAAGAAGAUCACGAUGUCCUAGAGAAAACCUCACAAAGUAGUCUUACAUCCUCAUUAGAAAGUAAUAAUAAUAACACCAACAAUAAUAACAAUACAAAUUUAAGCAAUAACAAUCAUUCCAGCGAAUUAGGAUCAAUGUCAGAUUCUGGAAGCGAAUCUGGAUCACAUAAAAGUAUUAGAGAAAAACGACCAUCGGGACCAUCGGACGGCAAACCAACAAGAGUGCGAACAGUGCUCAAUGAAAAGCAAUUGCACACAUUAAGAACCUGCUAUAAUGCUAAUCCCAGACCUGAUGCCCUGAUGAAGGAGCAACUUGUCGAGAUGACUGGACUUUCACCGCGUGUUAUUCGAGUGUGGUUUCAAAAUAAACGGUGUAAGGACAAGAAAAAGACAAUUCAAAUGAAGUUGCAAAUGCAACAAGAAAAGGAAGGACGAAAACUUGGUUACGGUGCAAUGCAAGGUAUUCCAAUGGUAGCAAGCUCACCAGUCCGUCAUGAUUCGCCUUUGAAUUUGCACGGCAUCGAUGUACAAACAUAUCAACCACCAUGGAAGGCGCUAUCAGAUUUUGCACUUCAUGCUGAUCUCGAUAAUAACGGUGCCAUCAAUACACACACCCCUGCCUUUCAACAAUUGGUGAAUCAGAUGCAUGGUUAUGAUUUGAAUGGCAUGCCACCGGUUCCCCUGCAAGGACCCCCACCGCCAGGACAAAUGGGCGGCCCGCCGCCCAUGGACAAUGCCGGACUACACCACCAUCCUGACAGUACAGACUCUUAUGUCACUUAUCUGGAAAGCGAUGACAGUAUGCAAGGCAGUCCAUAGAAAACCAUCAAAAAUUCAUAAAUGCAUUUAAUUUGCUUUUUACCAAACAGAGUCCAAAAUAGCUUCGCUACUCAAUGUCUUGAAUAAAUUCACACCAAAUGCCGUAAUGUGAAAGUUACUUCUACUGCAGCAUCAGCGCCAGCGCCAACGCCAGCUGGUGGUCGUGAUUGGCAACAAGCAUGUUGUUUUUGUUGUUAUUACUGGCGUUGUUGUUGUUCUUGUUGCUCUGUUGUUUUGUGUAUUUGGACACCAUCUUGGCCCGAAGCUUUUUACCACAUGCAAUAUAAAUAUAUAGAAUAUUUUUUUUUCUUAUUUUAUUAUUUUAUUGUUUAUAAAAAUACAUAUUUUGUUUUUAACGGUAUGCAGGCACUGUGAUGUCAAAAAUGCAGUAUGAAAUUCAAAAUACCAAAUACUCAUGUUGUAUUAAAAAAAAUAGAAAAAAUGAAAUGAAAGAAAAUAUAGAGGAAUAGAAAACAGGAAUAUUGUUUGUUGUUUUUUCAUUUGUAAUUUAAUUUCUGUUGUUGUAAAUUAAAAUUAAAUUUAUUAUUUAUAUUUAUUUUUGAAUAUAUUUCAUGUUGAUUUUGAACAACACAAAAAUAUUGUAAAAAUGUAAAAAAGAUAAAAAACAAAAAACAAAACCUUAGAAAUAGAUUUUCAUUAUAUAAAGUAUAUAGGCAAUUAGAGGAAAAAUUGAGAAAAUCGUGCUACCAAAGCAAAACCACGGUAAUACAAAAAAAUGCUAAAACAAAUAAAUUUUUUGUUUAUUGUGUCUAAUGAUGAUUACUAUUUGUGAAAAAGCAAAAUGUAAGAAAUCAUAAUUUGUAAAUUAAAAAAAAAAUAAAAAACAACAACUUUAAGUUUAGAUAGAUAGCAUUGAGAAUUUGGACAAAAAUCAAUAGAUUAACGGAAAAAACUAUAUAUAUAAAUAAAUAUUAUUUAAAAUUAUAUGUAAAAAAACCUAGACAUAAAGUAAUUAGAAAUUAUUGUUUAAUAUACAUGAAAAUGAA